AAAGGCACCAAGCAGCAAAAACCAACAUGUACUUCCCCCCACCCACAACUCCUCCAUUUUAGGCUCAAUUCAAUUCCUCUAAACCAUCUCUCUUCUUCUCCCCAUCCAUAGCACACAACAACAACAACAACAAAAAUGAAGCUCGUGACAAAGGCGCCGUACUCCCGCCAUGGGCAGCACCACCGCCGUUUCAUCCUCUCCUCCAUCGCCUUCAUCCUCUUCUUCUGCCUCCUCGCCUCCAUCAACGAGGUCCAGUUCGACCACCUCCUCAACCUCGGCCAUUGCAACGGCUCCAUCAUCUCCACCACCACCACCACCAACGCCGCCAUCACCAACUCAUCCUCUUCCUCCUCAAACGCUACUAAUACCGUCGCCGUUGCCGCCGACGAUGAGAUCCGGAUCCUGAUCGGCAUCCUGACGUUGCCCGACCAGUACCCACGCCGCCACUUCCUCCGCAUGGUCUACGGCACCCAACCGGCCCCAAAGGGCGCCAAGAUCGACGUCAAAUUCGUCUUCUGCAACCUCACCAAGGAAGAUCAGACCAUCCUCGUCGCCCUCGAGAUCAUGCGCUUCGACGACAUCAUCAUCCUCAACUGCAAGGAGAACAUGAACAACGGCAAGACCUUCACCUACUUCUCCACCCUCCCCGACAUCUUCUCCGACAACGGCAACAACAAUUCCUCUCAACUAGAGGCAAAACCAUGGCCGCCGUACCACUACGUGAUGAAGGGAGACGACGACUCGUACUUCCGAUUGGGGAAUUUGGUGUCGUCGCUGCGGCCGCUGCCGCGCGACGACCUGUACUACGGGUACGUGAUCCCGUGCCCGAGCAUGGACCCGUUCGUGGAGUACAUGUCGGGCAUGGGGUACCUGGUGUCGUGGGACAUAGUGGAGUGGAUUAAGGAGUCGGAGAUUCCGAGGAACCACCUGGACGGGCCCGAGGACAAGGUGUUUGGAUCGUGGCUCAAGGAAGGGCGGCGGGGGAGGAACCGGCACAAUGCCAAGUGGUCGAUGUACAAUUUCCCGGUGCCGCCGUCGGGCUGCACGCAUGAGUUCUGGCCGGACACGAUCGCGGUUCACUUGCUGAAGAACCAACCCAAGUGGAUCGAGACCUUGAAGUAUUUCAAUGCUACCAAGGAUCUCAAGCCUUCCAAGCUGUAUCAUAUUCCUUGAGUUAUAUUCAUUUUUGUUCAUCACAUUUUUUUUGGGGUGGGGGAUAUUUGGCUAGUUAAUUAUUUGGCGAUACUGAAAGAGUUAUUCGAUAUGUGAAAUAAAAAAAAAAAGUAACGACGGAAAUUAUGGAUAUGAUAUUUGAUAUUUCAGUGGGAU